CCUCCAGACACACUCGCAUUUCUCAUUUCUUACUUCUAGUCUAAAUUAGAUAGCAAGACGUAGUGCCGGAGCUCACAGUUCGCAUAGAAUUAGUUUGAAGUACUAGCGUUAGUUAAACAGCAAAUCUGAAAUUCAACAUGGAGUCCCCUCCAGAUCCAGCGAGCGACCCGGGCAACAGCGCCUCGGAGCCGGCUACCCCGGUCAGGGAAACCCCGGUAAACCUGGAGACGCUCCGAAAAGCGGACCAUCCAGCCCCGGUUCGGAGGCAGACCUGCUCCAGCACCAACAGAGGUAUCUCAGUAACAAAGAAGACACAUACCUCUCAAAUCGAAAUAAUUCCCUGCAAGAUCUGUGGAGACAAAUCAUCAGGCAUCCAUUACGGUGUGAUAACAUGCGAAGGCUGUAAGGGCUUCUUCAGGAGGAGUCAGCAGAGCAAUGCAGCCUACUCCUGCCCCCGUCAGAAGAACUGCCUGAUCGACCGCACCAGCCGCAACCGCUGCCAGCACUGCCGGCUGCAGAAGUGCCUGGCAGUGGGCAUGUCACGAGAUGCGGUGAAGUUUGGCCGAAUGUCGAAGAAGCAGCGAGACAGCCUGUACGCUGAGGUGCAGAAGCACCGGCUGCAGCAGCAGCAGCGUGAACACCAACAACAGCCAGGAGAGGCGGAGCCACUCACACCUAGCUAUGGCCUCUCAGCCAAUGGCCUCACAGAGCUCCAUGACGACCUCAGCGGCUACAUGGAUGGUCACACUCCUGAUGGCAGCAAACCGGACUCUGCAGUCAGCAGCUUCUACCUGGACAUCCAGCCAUCUCCUGACCAGUCAGGCCUGGACAUCAACGGCAUCAAGCCGGAGCCCAUCUGCGACUUUGCCCCCGGCUCUGGCUUUUUCCCUUACUGCUCCUUCACCAAUGGAGAAACCUCCCCUACAGUGUCCAUGGCUGAACUAGAGCACCUGGCCCAGAACAUCUCCAAGUCCCACAUGGAGACAUGUCAGUACCUGAGGGAGGAGCUGCAGCAGAUGACCUGGCAGGCCUUCCUGCAAGAGGAGGUGGAGAGCUACCAGAGCAAGCCCCGGGAAGUCAUGUGGCAGCUGUGUGCUAUCAAAAUAACGGAGGCCAUUCAGUAUGUGGUGGAGUUCGCCAAGCGCAUCGACGGCUUCAUGGAGCUGUGUCAGAACGAUCAGAUAGUGCUGCUGAAAGCAGGCUCUUUGGAAGUUGUGUUUGUCAGAAUGUGCCGUGCCUUUGACUCGCAAAACAACACCGUCUAUUUUGAUGGAAAGUAUGCCGGACCUGAUGUGUUCAAGUCAUUAGGCUGUGACGACUUGAUCAGCUCCGUCUUCGAGUUUGGGAAAAACUUGUGUUCUAUGCACCUGUCUGAGGAUGAGAUCGCCCUGUUCUCCGCCUUCGUGUUGAUGUCUGCUGACCGGUCUUGGCUCCAGGAGAAAGUGAAGGUGGAGAAACUCCAGCAGAAAAUCCAACUGGCCCUCCAGCACGUCCUGCAGAAGAACCACAGAGAGGAUGGUAUUCUUACAAAGUUGAUAUGCAAAGUGUCGACACUGCGAGCGCUGUGCAGUAGGCAUACAGAGAAGCUUACCGCUUUCAAAGCAAUAUACCCAGACAUUGUGCGUGCCCACUUCCCUCCCUUAUACAAGGAGCUGUUCGGAUCAGACUUUGAGCAGUCCAUGCCCGUUGACGGGUAGCAGCCCUGCCAGGUGCCAGUGUGCCCACCGUAGGGGAAUGUGGAGGAGGAAUCUGAGACACUUUAUUGGUGCCCUGCACACACCAGAGCGGACAGAUGGCACGCUGUUCAACUUCUUCUUUUACAUCGGAGGGGAGGGCUUAGGGAGUUGAUUCUCAAGGUUUACUUUAUUGAAUUUAGUUCUCUUUGGAAGACUUGUGGGACCCAACAACCCAUGGGACCUGAAGAGGAAAUAGGGACAAAUAAUUUCUGUCUGGUUGAACUUGACCCUCUUUUGCGCAUUUCUGACAUAAUUCACUUUAUUCAAUCAUUUUCACCAGUAUUUAUUGCAUUGCCUUUAUUAUGAUUUACUAUAUGACUCAGUAAUAGUACAAACUAUUACUGAGUCACUUGGAAGUAAAAAAGCUGAAGAAGUCUUCAAUUAGAAGAUAAAUCUGCAAAAAUCAGUAUUAUUUUUCAAAUUGCAUUCCCAAAACGUUUAAGUGUUUUCUCCUUCAAACUUUGAAUAGUCUUAUCCCUUACCUCCCCACAACUGAAACAAAGUUAAAAUGCGCACAUUUUGGUCAAGUUCAGCCCCUUUUCUCUUGUGUUCAGUCGAAUAUAUUUUGGACGCAGUACUGGGAAUGAAAACUCACAGCGACUUUGAGGGAGGGUCUGUCGGCAUGGUGAUGCAAUCGGCACCUCUCUAUGGACAAUCGUUAAAAAAAAAAAAGAAACAUAGAAUUCUGGUAAUUCUAAUGAAAACGCAAUGAUUUUAGCUGUCAAAGACUCCAUCCACCAUUGUUGCAUAGUGAAAUCAUGUAAGGCCAUCUGCUAUUAAUCCUUCUCUGGACUGGUGCCCUGGAAAGCACAGGGCACCAACACAAUGAAAAGGGUCCAUUCCACCUGUUUUAUAAUGUACUACAGGGUAUAUGGUCAUAAGUACUUACUAUACAGAAAAAAAGUAAUGUUUAUAGAAUCUAUUUUAAAUAACAUGUAUGAUAUUAGUAGUUAGGCCAUUCUUAACUGUUGAAUUGAUAAGGCACUUUUAUUUACACCUUUCUUUAAUUUAAGAAUUGUAUAUUUACCUAGUGAUGUGUUGCAUGUGCACAAGAAAUACAAGUUGAACCAUGGUCACAGAGGCUAGUCCUGGGAGCUGCAGAUGAUUAUGGUGUGGAAGUGCAAGGCCUGUCUGUUAGCGUGAGGCUGCUGGUGGGUGAACAAAGAGGCAAAGAUGAGAAGGCAGGUUAAAAGGAGCUCUAUCACCUUUUACCUCAACCUGCAUGUCCCCUGUCAAAAUAUAGAUCUGAUAAUGCUUUUUAGCAGAAGUGAACACAUACUAAAACAGCCACCAACCUUGCAGUGGCGUAACAAUCUUGCAGCCUUCUUUAGUUUUGUUAUGAAUGGACCUGCAUUUGUUUAAACCUUUUUUAAAGACAAGAAACUGCGGUAUUGCCUGGUGACAGCAUGACGUUCAUAACAUUGUUUUUAUUUUUUUAUAUUUGGUUCUUAUUUUACCAUACAAAAUAGGCUACAAGGAAACAUCCCAGCCUCACCGUGCGGUCGGACUGGAUAGAUCCACAUAGCGACGCACACACAUAGACUGUAAUCCAAUUGUUCCAUCUAGUGGAAGGUAAAGAUACAGCAGGCAAGCUGACAGCCUAAUGACAAACAUACACUGUCUGACCCUAAAGCACAUUUAUGAGCCUCUGUCAAAAUGUUUGGUGUGUUUUUUUGUUGUUUUUUGAGUUACUUUAUCUGCCUUCUCACCGCAGCCUCAGCCUCAGCCACGCCACAACAGGACACAGAAGAAACAGUGAAGGGAAAGUGAAUAUUCAAAGCCUUGUCUGGUAGUAAAGCUUCUAUUUUUGUAACAUGUUUUGGUUAAUAAACUCAUGAAAGAGAACAAGGGAGAGAAAAAGAUGUCAGGUAGCACUUAACUAUAUUCCUGCAAUAAUUAGACUAGCUGUUCUUUGUAUGAUUAGGGGAGAAACAUAAAAAUGGUAGGACAAGUGCUAUUUUCAGAAUGCUUUGUUGUUGUGCUUCUGUUUUGUUGAGUGUGUCUUUCUUGUCACUGUGGUAGUAAAGUGGUAGAAAAAACCCUGGAUGUGCCAAACAGUAGUCGUUGCUUCUGCUUUCCAGUCUAUUCGUCUAUAACGUAGAAUGGAUUCCUAAGACAUUCCAGCAAUCUCAGUAGCGGCUUCUAGAAAUAUCUUUUAAAAAAAAGAGCGAGAAAAAAGAAAAAGGAAAAAAAAUGAUAUCCCUUUAGAAACCCAACAAAGCAUGUUGAUACAUCUGUCACCAACCGUAACAUAGCAUCCAGUUGUUUGUCUUUUGUUUUCUGUUUGCACACUAUCAUUCCUCUGCCGUGCAAUUUGUACAAGGUGUUAAUGCCUUGUGCUGUCACCCCUCAGGGAAGAGUUCCUUUUUGCGCUUUUUGUUUUUAGAGGACAUUUGUUUGUAUUCAUAGGUAUAGUUUGUGUUUUUGUCAGGGAUGUUCAAUGAGAAGUGGUUGAGAUUUAACAUUUGAAUAUUUAACACAAUUUUUACAUUAUUAUUAAUGUCUCUAAGGGGCCCCCAGCCACUCAAAAAACCACUGCUCCCCUGCGGUCAAGUUCAAUAAAAUCUCAUCUCAAAAAUAACAAACCCCAUCACUUUUACAAGCUGCAGUUUUAUCAACACACAGCAUAUUCUUGUCACAAAAAAAAAAAAAUCAGCUUUGGUUAAAAACGGUGUCAUCAGGGUCUUUAAAAAUGAUAACCCUCUUUGUUAGAAAAACCAAAUAUUCUUAUGCAAUACUAAAUCUGUUGUGUUUGGGUUGUAGUAGAUAUGCUGUACCUAAGUAAUAAUCUCUGUUUUGAUCCAAUGUUAUUUGGAUAUGCACAAGCCCUCUACGACUAGUAAACCUCAGUCUCCCAGCAAAAGAAACCCGUCUGGAACACUGCUAGACAAUCCAGGCUGAGAGGCCCAGCGGGCCAGUGAGAGCAUUGAGGGAGGAAGAGGUGUGAACGCUCAGGGAGGUAACAGGUAGACCGAAGAAGCAGCUCGCUUUCCUCUGGACAGAUGCAGAGCAUUUAAAUAGCUCUCAUCUGAAUGCAUGAGCUCUUUAAAAAUCUCUUCAAAGCACUCGCUUGAGAGGAUACGGCGUAGCACACUGAACAGUACUUACUGUUCAGAUAAUAAAUAAGAGCCGGAGGUUUGGCUAAUAUCCUGUUAUUUAUUUAAAUCAUAAAUCGGUUUGUUUCUUGAAAAUUAUUCUGUUGUUUUAAGCUAUUGUAAUAACGCUUGAUGCUCACAAAAUAAUUCAGUAUUUUCUCUAAUAUUAUCAGCGAAGGUCUACCACCAAAACUUCUCUCAUAAAGUGAACAUUUGUUUUUCCUUCAAGUGGCAUGUAAUGUGUUCUACAAUAUUUAAAACAAGCAAUAUGCCUUGUGUUACAAUUACGGGUCUCUACAGUGCAGUCAUCACUCUAUUUGAAUUGACUUUACUCAUUCAGCUGACUCAAACUGAUGAUGUUUACUCAAGCCCCAUCACUCUGUUUUCAUCUUAUGUACUAGUAUGUUUGCAAUAUUGACAGGAUAGCAGAAAAUGGUCAUCAGACACAUGGUUACUUGUGUCUAAACAUUAACUGCGUUUUCACAAAGGCCUGUAAAGUGAUGUCCUUCUGUAUAUUCUCACUUGAGAUAUCCCAUUUUAGAAAGGGAUUUAUGCUAAGUGUGCUACUCAAUCAGUGUAUAGUAUACAGUAAAAUGUGCUGGUCCUUCUGUCUCUGCUCUGUUGUCUUUGUAUAAAGCAAUAGUGUGUGUGUGUGUGUGUGUGUGUGUGUGUGUGUGUGUGUGUGUGUGUGUGUGUGUGUGUGUGUGUGUGUGUGUGUGUGUGUGUGUGUGUGUGUGUGUGUGUGCCUGUUUGUUCUCAAAGUGUAUGAAUAAAAUAAACCCCAGACAAGGCUUUAAUAAUUACAAAAGGAACAGGGUUAUAUGGAUGAGGAUUUUAUUUUGGACUUUUUUUAAAGAAUAUAAGGUUUUGGAAAUGCUCGGUUUGAUCCAUCCAUAAUAGGUGUAGGUUUCAAAAGCGUGACAUAAUGCCUUCAACAAUUCAGAGUCUGCAGAACGCUGUGAGGCAACAUUGAGCAGCUUCACAGAGAAAACACGUUCGCUGUCAGUCCAGACAGUGCAGCCACGGUCUGAGCUGAAAAGAAAUGAAAUGAAUCCUGGAGUGUAAAUUGUGAAAAUGAGUGUUCUCGGCCGUAAAUUGUGAAGAUCAGCGUUAUGUCACGCUUAACGUUGUGCUGGAGUGUCGAUGUGUUACCCAGAAUUAUGAGUCAGUCGCCACAUUUUAACAGAACUCAUUUUCCAAAGCACAGCUGAUAAGGAUUUAUGAUUAAAAAUAUGUUUAAGAGUAUAGUUAAAAAGAAAAAAUGAAAAGCAACUUUUAGCCAUAAUCGAAUGUCAAGCAAUAAUAUAUGUCUGUGUAUUAUUUUUAAUUCUUUUGUGCAUAAUAGUCUUUGAACAUCUGCAUGUAAAUACACCUCUUAUUUAUCACAUUUUGGUUCAUUUUGUGUUGAUUUCGUGGAUGUUUUUAUGUUUCAUCUGUAUAUUUGACCGGUUCCGUUCCCAGGUGGAGAACUAAGAACUUGACAUGGCCUGUAUGCUGUAUAUCUUAUUUUCUCACUCUUUCUCUCUCCCUCAUCCUCUGCUGUUUAUUCACAAUAUUUAAUGUUAUUAUUGAUCACAUGUAUAAAGGUAGCUUUAAAUUUCUGUCUGUAUAAGUAAGAGGAAAAUACUGCUACUAAGGCCUACCCAGUGAAACUAUUUAUCUGUUUAUCAAUGACACCAUAUUGUACGAUAACUCUGUUUCUAGUUUGCCUCCUUCUUUUAGGAUUAGUUUGAUAGAGAUAGGGUGUCCUGACAUUUAUUUUGUGUUGCCAUGAUGUGUGGUGCUCGGUAAGUUAAUUUUGUGAACCAAGUAUUGAUUCCUAAGCCUGGCCACCCUAUUAGUCCAUUCAUUUCAUUGCAUAUUAAUGUAUUAUUGAUAUUAGGACUCAAUAAAUAAUAAAGAUAAUGAAAAUGAUAAUGGUAAAAAAUACCCAGCCAGUACCUGUAUCAGUGUGCUCGUCUUGGGGUAAGGCACUUAUUUCCUUAUGACUUAUAGCAAAGCUAGUAUCUGCUAAUUAACAAGCUAUUUAAGGUUGCUUUUCUGGUUUGUGGAAAAAUUAUAAUAGUCAAACUGAAACAGCAGUAUAUUGUGGGGUUUUUUUUCUUUGUCUGAUUGUAAAACCACUCACUGAGGCUAUAGUUUGUCAGGUUUUAAGAUACUAAAUAUUUACCUCUCUUGUGUCUGCAUAGUUCUUCACCUGAUGCAGGGAAGUGGUGCUUGGAUUUUAAUAAACAGCGUCAGUAUGCUUUUGUUAUUCCCCAUUUUGGACUAUCCUAAGUCUGGUGUAUUCAGACCAGUAGUGUAAACCUCUUGCACCACAUAAAGUGUUACAAAUUUACAUGAAAUAAUUGCCAUUUGAGGACAAAGUUGACCUUAUCUCUCCACUCUGUAGCAAAUAUCAGUGAGAAUAUGCUUGCAAUAAUACACAACGUAUCACACUGAGUGCCUCUCGGUGUAACAAGAUGCAUACAUGGUUUUGAUUGUCUUUUUUUGUGGUUUUCCAGACGUGUAAUGAAGUGACAAUGUAUUUUGUACGAGGAUGAAUUCUCAACUCACAUGCUUUUUCAGACUCUUUCUUUAUGUGAUGUUAAUAAUUUUCACAUGGGUUGUUGCGCUAUGUUAAAGGGUUUCAGUGUAUAGAUGGUCCGUUUAGAGUGUACAUGUCAUCCCUCACCUUGUUUUUUGAAAACUUAACUGGGAAGUUUGUUUCAUGUUGAUCUUGAAUGGUGAAAUAAAUGCUCGCAGACAAUGCUAUAGAAAAGUUCACCUUUUUUUAGUCAGGCAAAACUUACAGGCAACCCACAUUUCUUCACGUUGUGCUUGUUUUAUAUCAACUUUUUUUUAUUUCACUGAGAUUUACUAAUGCAUUGUAUAUCGAGUAGUUGUAUGGGUUUAUAAAAGAGGCAUACAAGCAUACAUUUGGAUUUCUUUAAUGUUCUGUGUUCAAUGUGCGCUCAAUGGUUAGGGUAAAUUAACAUGAAGGGGGGGUGGAGCAGGGGUGCAUUCUUUUUCCAUGCAAAAGCAGUACAAGUUAUGGGAAAGCUGAAACUAGUGUGUGGUUUUCACAAAUUUCUAAGUCACACGUUUGCUACUGAUGUUAAAAUGGGGACAGAUGAUCAUGUAACUUUUUAUCCAGCUCUUUUGAAGUCUCUUUAGCAGGUAGUCUAUUCACAAAUGUAGUUUUGCUCCUUCUUGUCUGAUUCUUAAAUAUGAAAAUAAGUAUUUUGAUUCAUUUUGUAAAUACAGCUGUAAAGAAAAAUAAGAAAUUUAAUGUUGUCUUUUAAAUACUUUUCAUUCUAAUAUGAAUGUUGUUAUAUUGUACUUAGAAACUGUACCUUUAAUAUUACCUUUAUUAAAAGUGCAUUGGACACAUCGAUUUUAGAUGUGCUUUAUGUGCUGUUAUCCCAUAAUA